GGUUUUACAAUCUUUCUGUACAUCUUGGAGACAUCCGACAGCCAGCCUGGCCCUUUGGAAAUUAUGAGUCGAGGCUCUCAAGUUCACAUUUUUUUGGGUGCUCCAGUUGCUCCACUGAAAAUGACGGUAUCACAGGGAACAGCUUCAUUAAUGUCCACUGCCAGUGCCUGGGAACAAAUCCAACUUUUGUACAAACAGCAUUCUUUAUAUCUGAAGGCUGAAGACCAGGAGCUUAAAAAUCUGAAAGACUACCAAAUCCCAGAAACUGCUGGCCCUCCAGAUGUUCUUAGUGGUCACCUUUCGACAACUUUUGUGACUAGGUCUGCACAGGUGGAAGAUGGCUUCAUCUGUUCUGCUUCCGAACCACAGAGAAGAAAGUCCCAGAAGAUUAAUCCCUCAGGCCAGAGUGAUAGGUCUGCUGUGCAAAUAUGUGAAUUUAAGGACAGAGUUCAGCAUUUACCUGAAGAAGAAAAAUAUCAGAAGUUUCAGUGUGAAAAUACGAAACUUAGAGAUGAGCAGUCUAAAAACCAGUCAAAUCCCUGUGUUCAGAACUUUCAAGCAGAGUCGUUCCCGUUAGAUCAUACAUGUACAGCUGAAGUGGAUUUAGAUGGUUGUACUAAACAGAUUACUAUAGGGCCAGAGGCUGUGAGAACAAAGCCUGUGCCGACUGUACAUGAAAGACAGAGUCAGGAGACCUUUUCCUCUGACACAAAGCCUGAGCCAGAGUCUGAGGGAGCAGUCAGGAAGGCCUCAGACCAGAAAGUGUCUACUGACACUGAGUUCCUCAGUGUCAUGACCUCCAGCCAGUGUGCUUUUCUAGCUCAAGGGAAUAAUAAAGGGCAAGACUGUACAAAUAAAGGGACUAUAAACAUGGGGAUGGAACCUUCAGGAAGUCCAGAAGGAAGACUAGCUGAAGAUAAUCUUGUUAAGCCAGGGGACAAUUCUGAAAACGAAUCUGAAAGUGAGCAGAGCCAGGCGUAUUCCCUGGAACUUUUUAGUCCUGAAUCAGAAAGCAGUCACGUUAACAGAAACCCUGGAAAAAAUCUUGAAAAUAACAUGAGUUCACAAGAUCUUUUCAGUAAUGAAGAAAACCUGCCACCAAAUGAGGUAUGUCUUGAGUUGUGUGGCUCAGGAAUACUGUGUACCCAACUAAGUACCUUCCACCAAAGUGCUGCUGAAAGAUGCCGGUCCUCUAAAGGUAUUUCCCAUCAUUCUAAAGCUCUUUCGGAAGUCCAUCUAGUAUCCAAGAAGCCAAGGAUGGACUCUAAUACAAGAGAGUCAGCCAAAACAGUGCCCCAGAGGAUCAUGUCUGAAUUUAAGGCCAUUAAAAAAAUAUCAUUGAUAAAAAACUGUGACUCUAAAGGUCAGAAGUAUAACUGCUUAGUCAUGGUGCUAGCCUCAUGUCAUGUGAAGGAAAUAAAUGUGAAGUCUGGACCAAAUUCUGGUUCCAAAGUACCGUUAGCAACAGUUGUAGUAAUUGAUCAAUCACAAGUGAAGAAGAGAGUUGUUCUGUGGAGGACUGCAGCGUUUUGGGCACUUACAGUGUUUCUUGGGGAUAUAAUUUUACUCACAGAUGUUUCUGUUUAUGAGGACCAAUGGGUUGGUGAGACAGUACUCCAAUCAACAUUUACCAGUCAGUUAUUAAAUCUUGGAAGUUAUUCACAUGUCCAGCCUGAAAAAUAUUCCAAUGUAGUUGCCAGUGUUAUACUUCAGGACUUACUGGGAUAUGUGUCUUCAAAACAUUCCUAUCUCAAAGAUCUGCCUCAGAGGCAGCAUCAGAAAAUGAACACUGUAGAGUUUGUGGAAUUGGAGCAGCUGCAGCCUGAUACAUUAGUCCAUGCCGUACUCAGAGUAGUGGAUGUCACUGUAUUGACAGAGGCAGUGUAUAGUUAUAGAGGACAGAAGCAAAGGAAAGUUCUGUUAACUGUGGAACAGGCUCAAGGUCAACAUUAUGUGCUUGUAUUGUGGGGUCCUGGAGCAGCCUGGUAUACUCAGCUUCAAAGGAAAAAAGAUCGUAUUUGGGAAUUUAAGUACCUUUUUGUUCAACGCAAUUGCAUACUAGAAAACUUGGAGUUGCAUACAACACUAUGGUCAUCCUGUGAGUGCCUGUUUGAGGACGAUACAAGAGCAAUUUCAUUUAGAGCAAAAUUUCAAAAAAACAUACCCUCCUUUGUCAAGACAUCAGACUUAGCAACUCACCUAGAGGAUAAGUAUUCAGGAGUGGUUCUGAUUAAAGCCAAGGUUUCAGAGCUGGUGUUUACUAUCACAGCAGCUCAGAAGAUAGCUCUGAAUGCUCACAGUUCUCUGAAGGGUAUCUUCUCUUCUCUUCCCAACAUCACAUAUACUGGCUGUGCACAGUGUGGCUCAGAACUGGAAACAGACGAGAACAGGGUCUACAGACAAUGUCUGAGCUGCUUGCCAUUUGCUGGGAAGAAAACAUUCUAUAGGCCAGCUUUAAUGACCAUAGUUGAUGGAAGACAUAGUACUUGUGUCCACGUAGGGUCGAAGAUGAUGGAACGCAUUCUUCUCAACAUCUCUCCAGAUUGCCUCAACAGAGCGAUGGUACCUUCCUCAGAAGUCACCUACGGCAUGGUCGCAGCAGACUUGCUCCACUCCUUCUUGGCAGUCAGUGCAGAAGCUUGUGUGUUGAAGAUUCAGAGCCUUUUCGAGUUGGAUGAAAACAGCUACCCAUUGCAACAGGAUUUCUCCCUACUAGAUUUCUGUCCUGAUUCAUGGAAGAUGUGGAGCCCGGGACUUUCUCUGAGCUCGGAGGAGGACACAGGCAGCAUUCCAAGGAAGGAGUGAUGAAAUAAUCUGUCUUUUGAAGAUUUAUUUAUUUUUAUGUUUGUGAGAUUUGCCUGUGUGUG